UCCAUUUUCUUAAAUUAGCAGUCUAAUGUGUUCUAAAGAGCAGUUCCACUCGGAUCUCUAUUUAGGGGCUGCAUUUCAUCACAAUGUAAAAUGCUCAGUGCUCUUGAAUCGAGAUUGAAGGGAAAAUUAUUCAUUUGGACUUGCAGGCUCAGCAGCAUUGCACAGCUUCAUUUUAUGCUCCGCGGUGUUCUGUUGAAAGGGGUCAACAAGUACUGAGGAAGGUACAGAGGCCGGGGUUGGCGUCACCUUCUGUUGCUAAGGUAACGAGCUCUGGCCGUUUUGUCUGAUCAAGGAAGUCCAGUGGACAGUAUGCAUUAUUCAUCACCGUUCUAAUCAAACAAUCAACAUUUUUUACUUUCACCGGGAAUAUUUAGAGAGAUCAAAGACACUCUGGCUGAAACUGCUCUUGCUUUUACUGCCGACAGUUAACUCUUGUUUUUUUUGCAGUAUCAAAGUGAAUAUUUAUUCUCAAAACUCUGUGUUUAGAACAUCAAGAAUGGAUUAUCCAAAAAUGGAUUAUUUUCUGGAUGUUGAGUCUGCUCACAGACUCUUGGAUAUUGAGUCAGCUCAAAGAUUCUUCUACAGUCAAGGAGCUCAAGCUCGCCGGGCGACCCUGCUCCUGCCUCCCACAUUAAUGGCGGCAUCUUCGGAGGAUGAUAUAGACCGGCGGCCCAUCAGGAGAGUCCGCUCCAAGAGCGACACGCCAUACCUCGCGGAGGCCAGGAUCUCCUUCAACCUAGGGGCAGCUGAGGAAGUGGAGAGGCUGGCAGCAAUGCGAUCGGACUCCCUGGUUCCGGGCACCCACACCCCACCCAUCCGGAGAAGAAGUAAGUUUGCCAACCUGGGAAGGAUUUUCAAGCCUUGGAAAUGGAGGAAGAAGAAAAGCGAAAAGUUCAAACACACAUCUGCAGCCUUGGAAAGGAAAAUAUCAAUGAGGCAGAGCAGAGAGGAGCUGAUAAAGCGUGGGGUCUUGAAGGAAAUCUAUGACAAAGAUGGGGAGCUCUCCAUCUCCAAUGAAGAUGACUCCUUGGAAAACGGGCAGUCCCUGAGCUCCAGCCAGCUGUCUCUGCCUGCACUGUCCGAAAUGGAGCCGAUCCCAAUGCCCAGGGAUCCCUGCUCAUACGAGGUGCUCCAGCCUUCAGACAUCAUGGACGGGACAGUGUCUGAGGAGAGUUCCUCUGCCUGUGAGUCUGGAGUCCUCCUGUCCCAAGAUCCUUCUGCCAAACCAGUCCUGCUUCUGCCCCCCAAAAAACCUGCUGCUUUCUCUGGAGACCAUGAGGAGACCCCAGUGAAGCAGCUGUCCCUCCUCAAGCAGCCCCCCGCCCUGCCUCCCAAACCCAUUGCCAGGAUUGCCAACCACUUAACAGAUCCUGGCGCCCCUGUGAAAUUGCCUUGUCUGCCAGUGAAACUGUCGCCUCCGCUACCUCCAAAGAAAGUCAUGAUCUGUAUGCCCUUGGGGGGGGCAGACCUCUCCCUGGCAUCCUACGCCGCCCAGAAGGGGGGCCCGCAGGGCGUGGCCCAGCACCACCACACGGUCCUGCCGUCCCAGAUCCAGCACCAGCUGCAGUACGGUGGCCACGGCCAGCACCUCCCCUCCGCCACGGGCUCCCUUCCCAUGCACCCCUCUGGCUGCAGGAUGAUCGAGGAGCUGAACAAAACCCUGGCCAUGACCAUGCAGAGGCUGGAAAGCUCUGAGCAGCGUGUUCCCUGUUCCACUUCUUACCACAGCUCUGGUUUGCACUCGGGUGACAGUGUCACGAAAGCAGGACCUAUGGGCCUUCCAGAAAUCAGACAAGUGCCAACUGUUGUGAUUGAAUGUGAUGACAAUAAAGAAAAUGUGCCUCAUGAAUCAGACUAUGAAGACUCUUCUUGCCUGUACACAAGAGAAGAGGAGGAAGAGGAAGAGGAUGACGACAGCUCGUUGUACACCAGCUCCCUUGCCAUGAAGGUGUGCAGGAAGGACUCCUUAGCCAUCAAGCUCAGCAACAGGCCCUCCAAGCGAGAGCUGGAAGAGAAGAACAUCCUCCCCAGGCAGACAGAUGAGGAGAGACUGGAGCUGCGGCAGCAGAUUGGCACCAAGCUCACCAGGCGGCUGAGCCAGAGGCCGACUGCCGAGGAAUUGGAGCAAAGAAAUAUCUUGAAACCUCGGAAUGAACAAGAGGAACAAGAGGAGAAAAGGGAGAUCAAGAGGAGGCUAACUCGAAAGCUCAGCCAAAGGCCCACAGUGGAAGAACUUCGGGAAAGGAAGAUCCUCAUUCGCUUCAGUGACUACGUGGAGGUGGCUGACGCUCAGGACUAUGACCGAAGGGCAGACAAACCGUGGACCCGCCUCACCGCGGCCGACAAAGCUGCCAUUCGCAAGGAGCUCAAUGAGUUUAAAAGUACUGAAAUGGAGGUUCAUGAAUUGAGUAGACAUUUAACAAGGUUUCACCGACCUUAACCAUUGAACUCCUCUUGAGUGCUAUGCUGUCUUCAAAACAUAAAUUUAUAAGAACCAUAAGUGCUGGUAUUUAUUCACUUCCCCGUUACAAUGUAAAUCUUCUGAACUGCCUUUUUUUAAAAAGAAGAAGAAGAGAAAUAAAAGGAAACACAAUCAAGAUUAUAUUUGUGAAAACAUGGUGGUCCCCGCUCCGUGGUCAGAGCUGCCGAGAGGACUUUGGACGCUGAGAUCUGUCCCCGUCUGCCCUGGUGGGGCCGAAGGCGCCCCCCAGGUCCUGACCGAAGACUUCCGGGCGUGCAGAGCUGUUCUGUCCUUCGCCCAGGCCCAGCGGGCACCGCACCCAGUCUCCAGAGAACUCCUCCUCGCGAGUGUCUGUCACCUGAGUCCAAAGAAAGCUGAGGUGCCAGGUUUGACUUGGGGACAGCAGUGCAGAGCGAAGCGGCUUUUUGGCUCUUAGACUUGGCCACUCGCGCUCGCUCCAAACGCGGCAUCUGGUUUGGGAGCCUUAGAAGGAUGAUGCUGAGGGGAGCCUGUCCUCAGGGGCUCUUGUCCCUGUGUCCCGUCACCAUCUCCAUACAGCACAUGAAAAGGAAGGGCCCUUUUCUGGGUGAGCGUGCAGGUGACCUUUGGACGUGGGAGUGCGUGUGCUCAGGGGAAGGGAAGGCUGGGACCCAGCAGCCCAUCCUGGCCCUGCAGGCGGAGCUGAGCCCCCUUCCAAGGGGCUUUGGUUGAGGAAGGGGGAAGCUGUCCUCUUCAGUUCAAAUUAAUCUGUGUUAAGAAAGCCGAGGGUCCCAGGCGAUCUCACAUGCACACGCACGCCGCCAUUGCUAGGGUUCUCAUGGUGUAGACCUGCAGAUGGCAUAGGGCCAUGCAAGGGCAUAAGGACCGGGCUGAGAAACUCGGCCUGGCUGAUAGUGUUUUUACUUUCCCCUGUCUGCCCAGUGCUGGUGACCGCGGGAGUUGGAAGUUCACAGCUUCUGAGUGUAGGACCAAGGCAUGCAGGCCAGAAAUCAGUCCUGCAACACUGGCUUUCCUGUCACAGGUGGGCUGGCCCUCCGGAAGCUCCGGAUGGCCUUCUGUUCGUCUCUCUUGGCGCUUAAGAGUUUCGGUGGAGAAGCCCCAGAGUUUGGCAUACACCAGAAUCACACCAGCCUGUGGGGUACCAUCUUGUUUCUAGUCAACCAGGAAGAAUCCUUCCUUCCUCACGAUGCUGGUGAGCAGGAGGGAGAUGUGUGGCCAACUGUCCUACUCAGGCAGGACCACAGAGAGACGAUGUGCUGUGGACAGAGGGAUGCUGAGACAGGGUGUGCAGUGAGGGGAAGGACAAUUCCCAAACUCCAACAGAUACAAUGAGCCCCCGGGAGCUGUGUCUGUUUUCCUUCCUAGCAGAGCUGGUAGGCUUGGGUGGCAAAGCCCUGCUCAGCCUCCUGCAGAGGCUCCACAGUUAACCAGGCUGAUGGCUUGCUCUCCGUCGCACAUGCCCAGGUUCUAGAAUGUGCCAGCUCAGCCUUCACAGAGGUAACCAGCCCCCACCACGAAGCGGGUGCAAAGCGAGUUACUCUUUGGAGGUGUAGCUGUUAAUGAGGCCAUUCGAUUCUCUGCUGGCAUUAACCACUCCUGUGGCCGACGUUAACCCAGGAGCAGUGUGCACUUUUUUUUGGUUUCUUUUUGGAGAGCUCAGGGCAGUUCUUUAAAGCAGUGCCCCCUCCCAGCCGCUGGGCAGCUGCCAUCUGCCACCUGGAAGGGAGCGUGCCAGUGCCUGGCCCCUGAGGGAGCAGGAGGUCAUUACUAGAUUGAGUGUCUUUGAAUUUAAUCUGAAGAGUUACUGCCUUGGGGAGGGAUAUCGUUCAGGGAAAAUGUGGUCCAGGACUUUAAUAUGGUUGUAAAUGCAGUCUUCCCAAAAGGCUUACUGACAUUUGAAUGUGCGAAGCGUCCAACGAAAGAUUUGAGGCUCUUUCGUUUAACUUCUCUCCAAGGGCCCACCCUGCAGGAGGAGGUGCCUGCCCCGCCAGCUUCGAGCCCGAGUUCCUGCUAACGGGUGUCAUGCAUCGGGCAGCAGGCAGUGCCCUGGCCGAGGAGCGAGUCUGGAGGGAAAUCUGUCCUCGGGACUCCUCCCACCAACACCAACAGUUUCCCUGCUGGUCUUGGUUCCUGGCCCUUCAAUCCCCCAGGAAUAUUGAUUUCCCUGCAGAGAGUCAGCCGGCGGCCCAGGUUUUCACCCGUCAUGCCCUCGUGGUGCUGUCCACUUGAGGCUCAGAGGAAAUUGAACCCAGUAUCCCACUGUCUUCCUGCAGAGCGUCCUUUUCCAGAAAUCAUUUGCACGGACAUGGGAGUGUGGCCCUUAAACAGGCUUGCCAACCCCCAUGGAUGGCAGGACAGGCCUCUGCUGUUUCUUUCCUUUCUGAAAACCUGGAGGGCUUUCUGGAAAUCCAUCCCAAUUUCUUUCUCUUUUUUAUUUUUUAUUUUGUGCCACAUUGUUAUGACAACUGAAGCAAUUUGUGUGACUUUUAAAGAUAGCAGUUUGACAUUAAUUAGGACAAAAAGAGGAGGGCUAGACCGUUGAAAAUAUAUCCCCUUUCUGAAAAAGCUGCUGUUUUCAAGCAAAGGUUUAUUUUGUGUGUAUAAGUUCCCAAUUGAGCAUUUUGUCACCUUGGUUAGCAUGAGAGGAAAAAGAUGUCUCUCAAAAUUAGACAUUCCUCCAACCUGUCCCCUCCCACACUUUGAUAACGAAAGAGAAUUGCCAUUGGUCUAUUUGUUUUUUCAAAAUUGCUGACAUGUUCCUCUCCGGAGGCCCUCACCAGCCUUUCUGUCAGAUCAGAGAAACCAAACGUGACGUAAAUGUGAUGACGAGCUCCAGGAUUAUUUUUCUCGUGCUUUAUGAACGUGUAUCCAGAUACGGCGAAUGGAAACCGUGGUGUGUGCUUCAAUGAAUGAAAUUUCAGGAUCUCCUUGUGCCCGGCCAGUGAGCAAAAGUCACCUUAAAUGACUUUUUCUUCCUACUUGUCUGUUAAGCAAGUCCCAAACCUGUUGCUUUUUCCAGUUGCUACCCGGGUGUCUGUAUAUAGUUUGUCCUUGUAUAGGAGUGAGUGAGUGUGGUGAGCGUCGGGCCCAUGGCUGUCCUGUGUUAUAAUUUAACAGAUGACGGCUGUAUGGAGAAGACAAUGUAAAUAGAAAACAAUUAAACUGGAUCUCUAUGGCCUGGGUUUUGUACAUACAGAAACUGCAUGGUAUUUAAAUUAUUGUUCGUCUCUGAUAAUGUAUGCAGUUUCUUUAAAAACAACAACCACAAAAAAAAAGUAAAAAAAAAAUCAUUUCCUUGA